AAGCUUCCCCUUUCCCACCUUCUCCAGUGGUCGUAGUUUUUUUUAAUCUUUUCUCUCAUUCGUUUAAUCUUUUUCAGUAUAGUUUCUCUAAAAUUAUCAAAUUUUUUACUUUGAGAAAUUUCUCUUCUCGAUCUAUCCAUUUCGAGUUUGGGAAAGGAGAGACAAGAUAGAGAGAAACAGAGAGUGAGAAAUUUGGAAUGGCACAUAGAGUAGAUCACGAGUACGAUUACCUUUUCAAGAUUGUGCUGAUCGGCGAUUCUGGAGUUGGAAAAUCGAAUAUUCUCUCUAGAUUCACCAGAAACGAGUUUUGUUUGGAAUCUAAAUCCACUAUCGGCGUCGAGUUCGCUACCAGAACUCUCCAGGUGGAGGGAAAGACUGUGAAGGCACAGAUUUGGGACACGGCAGGUCAGGAGAGAUAUCGAGCUAUAACUAGCGCUUACUACAGAGGAGCUGUUGGUGCACUUCUUGUCUACGACAUAACAAAGAGGCAAACCUUUGAUAACGUCCAAAGGUGGCUGCGUGAAUUGAGGGAACACGCCGAUUCUAACAUUGUCGUCAUGAUGGCUGGAAAUAAAUCUGACCUGAAUCAUCUUCGAGCUGUUUCUGAGGUGGAUGGUCAUGGUUUGGCCGAGAAGGAAGGUCUUUCAUUUCUCGAGACGUCUGCGCUGGAAGCAACCAACAUUGAGAAGGCAUUCCAAACUAUAUUGACUGAGAUCUAUCAUAUCAUGUGUAAAAAGGCAUUGGCAGCCCAGGAAGCAGCGGCUACCACCAAGCUUCCCGGGCAAGGAACUACCAUUAAUGUCGCUGAUGCAUCAGGAAACACCAAGAAAGGAUGCUGCUCUACAUAAAUAAAUAAAUAAGGUGAUAGGUUAUAUUUGCUGGCAAGCAGGCCUUAUCAUUUCUUUAUUAUUCUUCUUUCUAAACCCCUUGUUUUUUAUUCUUUCUUUUUUCUAUUCAAAUGUUUAGCUUUGAGAGAGUCUUUUAGAUUACUUAUUUUUACGAAAUUGAUUUCAUUUUUUUGACAAGUCACUUGUACUAAAAGUGUGUCUCCUUUUAUAUUUGCUCUCCCUAUCUUUUUCAAUAUGACAAGAUCUUCCCGACAA